ACGAAUUUUCUUCUCUCUCGUUUUCGCGAGAACUUUUCCCCCGAAGAAGAAGAAGAAGACGAGGUUUUCUCUCGGAGCGGCCAACCGUCGUCGCCGGAGAUAGUGCAGUGAAUAUUUUAACAGAGUGUAGAUAUUUACAUAUAUAUAGAGGCACAGGAAGGGAUUUGGGAGAUGCGAGUGCGCAUCGGUUUUGUUGGAACGGAUAACUCGCUUGACCUAGGGUUUCAUCUUCCUGCUACUCGGUGGACCUUGUCAAAUGGGAGAAAGAACCUUUUUGCUUCCUAAGGGUGUUCAACAUUGUUGGAGUUGACAUAUGUAAAUCAGUAUGACGCUUGAGGAUUUCUUUACGCUAACAGAAAUAAAAGAUGGACUCGCGGCCACUUUUCGCGUUGAAGAGCUCGUGUCUGUCAUGCAGAGUAAUAAAGAUUCAGUUUUGAAGAACGCUGGCGAUGCUUCUAGACAAUGGACGGCUGUUGCAACCACAAUUGCGGCCACAAAGAACAGAGAAUGUCUUGAUGUUUUUGUAAAUUUAGAUGGACUCCUUUACUUAAGUAGCUGGCUAGCAGAAGCUCAGAUGUUGGCUAACGAUUCGACUGACAAAUCUAUAGAGGAGUCAGUUCUUGCUUUGUUAGAAGCUCUUGAAAAUAUAGGUGUAGACAGUUCGAGGUUAGUUUCUUCUGGGAUAUGGGAUGCUGUCAAGAAACUUGUUGACCAUGGUAAUUCUCGGGUUCAGGAACAGGCGAGAAAGCUCUAUGGUAGCUGGAAGGAUAAGGUAGUUUAUGACCAUUCUGAACGUGACACUGAAAGCUGUAGCAAAGCUCAUGAAGAUGAGAUGAGAAUCGUAGCGGCAAGCAGGGAGAGCAGUGGGCUAAAAUCCGCUGUUACUCGUUGUUCAACGCAAAGCAAUAAUGAAAAGGAGGUUCCUCAAAAAGCAGAUGAAGCCUUGCUGUCAGGAAGCUCAGGAGAAAACAACCCAGAUCAAGAUAACGGUUUGGAACUGCAGAAGGACAAGGUUGGGUUUGAGUCGAACCUGAAGUCCCACUGCUCUAAUACGAUGACCGAAACUUUAAAUGGCUCUUCUACCGAUGAUAUUAUGAAAGAAGUUCAAGAAAAUCUUUCCUUGAAGGAAAAAAGCUCUAUGAGGGAGACGAUGGGUCCCACAAUAUUUGGUAGUAUGCCUAAUAGCUCUAGUAGCCUUCCUUAUUCGGAGCGCGAUAGUGUUGAAGGCCCAUCAAAUGAUCCACUGGGUGCUGAGAUAUCUAAGGAAAAGCAGGUGGGAAUCUAUGGAAAUUUUCUAGAAAAAAUGGGUGGACCUUUAGCAGUGACAUCUAGUUCAGCAGGACAUGUAGCUGUGUCUUCUGAUUCUCUUAUUGCCAGUAUGGAGUUGGAGAAAUAUAGUCUUUUGCAGAGUAGUCUUGAUUCAAAUGAGGUGAGCAGGAAUGCAUCUGAGACGAUAUGUGGGUCACACGAUGUGAGCAAGGCCCAUAAUAACAAACAUGUGCCUUCAUUGGCUCAUAUAACGGACAAUCAGGAUUCUGACAAUUCAUCAAGAUUAUCAGGUGGCCAUGGCAGAAAUAGAAAAGUUGAGAGUGACAAUAUGACUGCUCAUGCUGACCAUGAAGAAAAAAAAGAUGAUAAGAGCCAUUCAGACAGCAAGAGGAGAGUAAAACGGAGAAAGAACCGCAGGUCUUCUAGAUCAAUGACCAUAUCCCAGCGCCUUGGAGCAAUUGACAAAACAACUGCUGAUAUUGACCUUGGUAUUUUGGAUGCCUUGGAGGUCGCUACCAAAGUCGCACAGGAAGUCGCAAGAGAAGUGGACUCUGGAGAAGCUUCUCGCAGUUCUUCAGAAGAAUUGUCUGAUGAUAACGGGCAGUCUGGUUCGAAAGACUCCCACGAUGAUGAUCUACACACAGGUUCUCCAUCUAAGGGAUUAUCAGUGGGUGAAAGCCAUUCCUUAGAGGAACCUCAUGUUGGAGAUGACGAUGUUAUGGAUGAGAAGAAUAACAAACGUGAAAAUGGGAUGAUGAACAAUGAUGAUGUUAAGAAGAACCACCUAGCAACAGCUGCUAAAUCUGAAGUAGGCAGAGAGAAAAGCCCAUGUGGCUUUGACCUCAAUGAAGAUAUUUGUCCUGAUAAUACAGAUGUCAUUAUGUCCUCCAUAUCUACCACCACUACUCCUAUGAUGUGUGUUUCACAUUCUGUCUCAACUUCUGGAAUGCAUGCAGCAGCACCGUUGCAAUUGGACAGAUCUCUUAGCGCGAAAGGAUCGGCUGCUACUGGUCUACAUCACCCAGAAUUACCUCAUAAAGCUCAUAGCGGGGAUUUAAGAGAACAGCAGGUGAUUUGUCGUGGUAUUGAUCUGAAUGUAGCUGAGGUAGGAGAUGAUCAAGUUGAAGAUCUAACUCCCUUGAAACAGUUUCCUUUUUACUCAUCAAACUUGAGGGGUGGAGAGUCAUCACAUGAAGCUAAUCUCCGGGGAUCAAGCAGGUUCAACCUGGAUUUGAAUUGUACAAACGAGGACGAUGACAUGCCUCCACCUUCUGCUGAGCUGAAGAUGGAAACAAGAUUGUUUCUAAGUCCCAAUGGUCAGCAAAGCGCAUCACCUUUCUCCUCAAUGUCAGUUCCUCAGCAAUCAGGCAAGGAAGUCAACUUUGACUUGAAUGACAGGCCACAGUUUUUUAUCGAUUCACGUGAUCAGGGUCCUUACUAUGGACGGCACCCAUGGAGUACAGGCCCCUAUGGAGGGCAUGAACCGGUUAUUUCUAUCUUGGGUACAAAAGUGGACGUUGACAGAAAAGACUCUGUACCCCAGAUGGCUUCGUUCUUGUCCAAUGGUAAGUCUCUCGAGCCUGCAGCAGGAUUAUUCAUGGGAAGAACGGGAAACUCUUUGGGUUUAGGCCCUGGUGUUUCUUUUUCUCCAGCCCCUAUGUAUGGCUACAACGGCUUGACUGGUCCUCCUGGUAUGUCAAUGUCAUCGCCCAUGUAUGUUCCUGGAACAGCUAUUCCAUACAUGGUGGACGCUAGGGGUACGCCAGUGAUGAUGCCUCAAAUGAUCGGAUCAAGCCCAUAUGUGCAGCCACAAUUCCCUCAACAACACAUGUUCAUGAGCUUGGCGGGUGGAUCGCCUAGUUUGAAUGGAUCAAUGCGGCCACAGUUUGAUCAGAGUUCUGGGUUUGGGCUUGAGAUGGGAAACAGAGAGUCGUUAAGUUUGAGGCAGUUUCUGUCACCGGAACAAAGUGGGGCUAUGGGAGAGCAUUCAGGAGCAAAUGCAGAGCCCUCAUCGAGUUCAUCUAUUAGCGUUGGUGGGAAGCGUAAAGAGCCGGAGACACGUUGGGAGUUCCCUCCAUGGAGAUAGUGAUUUACAAAUAGUUGAGAUGGAUUGGUUGAUUGGUCGUCAAAGAAUGUUGACAAGGUUAUAAUUUGUCUUUGCUGAACUUUCUCUUCCUUUUUUUUUCAUCUUUCCCCAUCAGUUUUCCCCGUUUUUCAGGUUUUAAUUUCAUAACAUAUAUAUAGGAGGAUUAGUUCAAACAUUGGUAUAUGUCAAGCUUCUUUUUAACCUUGUUGGGUUUUUCUCCAUAAAAUAAAUAUAUAGUUU